CACCAUGAAGCCUCAUGCUACGACGGUGCAGCUUUUCAAGCAAUUCCUCAACCUCUUUUCCCUCUUCGCCUUCUUCCUCUCCCUCCUCGCCCUCCUCCAUUUCUCUUAUCGCCACUUGCCCUUCCAAUUCAACUUCUAUUCCUCCUCCCUCUCUCCAUCUCCCUCUUCUUUUGUUCUUCCCCAAUCUCUGUCUCCUUUUCCCUCUCCCUCCUCUGUUUUGACUUCAUCAAAUUUGUCAUCUCCUUCCUCCGCCGUCAGCGUCGGCAGCAGUAUUGGUGCAAGCUACAGAGCGGAGGAGGAUUGCGAUAUAUCUAAGGGCGAAUGGGUGCGCGAGUCAGCAACAGAAGAUUACUACUACAGUAACACCAGUUGCCGCAUGAUCCAAGACCACCAGAAUUGCAUGAAGUAUGGGCGGCCGGACGUGGACUUCCUCCGGUGGCGGUGGCGGCCGGACGACUGCGAGCUCCCCCGCUUUGACCCGCGGUGGUUCCUCGAGCUCGUCAGGGGGACGUCGGUGGCGUUCGUCGGAGAUUCCCUGGCCAGGAACCAAAUGCAAUCGUUGCUCUGCCUCUUGUCAACGGUGGCUCAUCCGGAGGACAUCUCGAGCUCGAAAGACACACAGGACCGGCGCCUCUUCUACGGCGACUACAACUUCACCGUCGCCAUCUUCUGGACGCCGUUUCUGGUGAAAAGCUACGACGCGGGCGGCGAAUACACCCACGUUUUCUUGGAUGAGGUCGACGAAUGGGCUGGACCCCACCUGGCCGCCUUUGACUACCUUAUCCUCUCCUCCGGUACCUGGUGGACCCGCCCCUGCAUAUACUUCAAGAACCGCUCGCCCUUCGCCUGCAACUACUGCGGGUCUCCCGCCGCCGCCAACCUGACCCACCUCGGCCUCUACGAGGCCAACGGGGCGGCGUUCCGGGCGGCGCUGGACGCCCUGCGGUGGUACCAGGGCGCGGUGUUCCUGCGCACGUUCUCGCCGUCGCACUUCGAAGGCGGCCCGUGGAAUGCGGGAGCGCGCUGCGAUCGGAGGCAGCCGGAAGCGGGGUGGCGGUUGCAGGGGAUGGAGCUGGAGUUGUACAGGACGCAGGUGGAGGAGUUCCGGAAGGCGAAAAGGAAGAUGUGGGUGCUGGACGUGACGAGCGCGAUGGUGAUGCGGCCUGACGGGCACUCGGACGUGUACGGUCAUCCGCCGGAGAAGCGCGUGGAGAUGAAGCAUGACUGCGUGCACUGGUGCUUGCCGGGGCCGGUGGACGUCUGGAACGAGCUCUGGCUUUAUAUGUUGAGCCAGAGACAGAGUCAGCUAGCCAAGACAGUAGGAGGGUAGUACAAAGACCACCGCCACUUUUCAUUUUUCAUUUUCAUUAAUUGUUUAGAGCAAGAAAAGAAAUAUCGUCAUCAACCAAAAAUUCUCAAAUUUGUUUAGGGCAAAAUACUCAGUAAUUUAUAUCAUUCGAUAAUGUAUGAAUUAUGAUACGGUAUAUUGGGAA